AUGAACCAUUCCAAGCCACGCGCCGAGAAGGCAGAGGGAAAUAUCGGUAAUUCGUUUGCUUCUCUCGCAGGGGAGAAAGAGACCCUCCUGCCUGAGAGAUGCCUGGAUCUUAAGCGUGAAAUCAUCGGCGACAAGUCCAAUCAAGACGCUCUCACCGCAGCUUGGGCACGAUUGACUGCUCGUCUUGCCGAGCUGUCUGAUGAAAUUGAGGAGAAGCAGCAACGCACCAUCCCGGAGGCAACCUACCACGAGCUCGUCGAGAAUCCCUCAUUUGAGCUUGUCCAACGAAUCAGGCAGUGCGGAUCUGUAGUAAUUCGCAAGACUGUUUCCGAAGAACAGGCAUUGAAAUGGCUUGACGAUGUGCGAGAGUAUAUCAAAUUAAAUCCCCAAGUAAAAGGCUUCCCGGAGGAUGAUAAGCAGGUUUACGAGAUCUACUGGUCCAAAGCUCAACAGCAGGCGCGUUCGCACUCACAAAUGUUGAAAACCCAAGCAGCGCUCUUAUCCAUCUUUACCGCUGCGCCAGACUGCAAAGUCUCACUUACAAGCCCGCUUGUCUACUCGGAUCGUCUUCGGAUUAGGAACCCAGGCGACGCCAAAUUCGCUCUGGGUCCUCAUAUGGAUGGAAGUAGUAUUGAAAGAUGGGAAGAUCCUACUUAUCGACAAGUCUAUGAGAAAAUCCUCACCGGUAACUGGGAGGAGUUCGAUGCCUGGGAGAUGGAUAAGCGUGCCGAUGCAGUCCAUGACUUAUACCCCGGCCCCGGAAGUACGGGUUUGUUCCGUUCAUGGCAGGGUUGGACGUCUCUCUCUGAGACAGGUCCCACAGAUGGAACUCUACUUGUAUACCCUUUUAUCCGUGAACACACCUCAUAUCUGCUCAUGCGCCCUUUGUUCAGGCCCAAGAAGCCUAAGUCAGAAUUCCAAGAUCGAAAGGCCUACCUGUCACCCGACAAUUGGGAGCUUGACUUCGACACCACCAACUUCCCUGGUCCUUCUCACCAUCGCAACCAAGAACUAAACGACGAAACUCAUCCUCAUCUUGAGCUACCGCGAACCAUGGUGUGCAUGCCCAAAGUAUAUCCCGGAGAUUCAGUAUGGUGGCACAGCGAUGUAAUCCACGCAGUGAAUCUCGGCACAAUGAACAUGGAAUACAUCCGGGACCAGAAGGCGACGCUCCUCUCGGGACGGCCACCUCCAGACUUUCCCGGUGGGACUGGCGAGAGCGAGUUCAAGAGCCGAGGUACAGGGGAUGACCUUUUGACUGUGGAAGGAAAGGAAGGAAUUGGCCUUGUUCCUUUCAAACUCACGGAUACAAUGUCAGAGACCUAAAGAUUGACCAGACAGGCAGCCAAUGCUAUACUUGGCUUCUAGGUUAUCGAUCAGGCAGUAAUGGCUUCGCUAGGAGAAUAACCAAAAGCUGAAUAUUGGAGAAAACAGCUGCCAG